ACGCCGCCUAACGUUAGUCACAUGACACGGUCAGGAAGAAGUUCAGACGGAGUAAUACUUGUCGUACAGCUUUUUAGUUUUUCUGAGACCUUGUUUACCAUCCAUAUUCCUUGGUGGGCGUAAGAAGGACAUUUACAGAAACAUUUGCUGCCCUCUGAUAUGGUUCAUGUCGUAGCCAAAGCAUACUGCAGUGUUAAUGGCUGAACUAUGAAGGCACAACUUCAAGUCACCGUUCUGUCGGCCAAACUGAAGGAGAACAAAAAGAACUGGUUUGGCCCCAGUCCGUACGUGGAGGUGGCUGUGGACAACCAGUCGAAGAAGACGGAGAAGUGCAACAACACCCACACCCCCAAAUGGAAGCAGUCACUCACAGUAAUUGUCACACCUUUCAGUAAGCUCAUUUUCCGGGUAUGGAGUCAUCAGACGCUGAAGGCCGACUUCCUAUUGGGCGUGGCCACAUUGGACAUCAGUGAAACCCUCAAGUCCAAUGAUAUGAAACUCUCUGAGGUGGUGCAGAUCCUACAGCUGUGUUCAGACCAGGACAACACAGACGUGGUGGGGGACCUGUCCAUCUGUCUGGACGGCGUGCAGGUGGACCCAGAGACCUUUGCCUCUGCAGAGAGAGACCAUGCAGCUACUGCUCCCAACAGGGACGUGAGACAGAACGAAGAUGGAGGCAACAGGUCCAGCAGAGACACGUCCCCUUCCAGUGACUCUACAGAGGACUGGGUGAUCAUCCCCAACGGCCACGCGAUAGACUGCACGGGGUCUCCCGCCCCAUCCCCAGGGGGCUCGAAGUCCACACGCCCCCCCAGACCUGCUCGUCCUCCUCCACCCACCCCUCGCAGACCAGCCGCCUCCCCAGCGUCCUCUAGCAGCUCCACUCCCAGCGACGUGAGCGAGCCCCCGGCUUCAGACGGCUCCUCCUCAGACCCCCCUCAGGAGAACGGCGCAGAUCCCCCACCCCCACAGGCAGCCAGCACCAGCGGACCGGAAGCCAUUGGGGCACCCGCAGCCGGCGGGCACCCCCAACUCGGCCCUGUCAGCAACGGCCCACUGUCACCGGGCUGGGAGCAGAGGGUGGACCAGAAUGGCCGCAUGUAUUACGUGGAUCACAUUGAAAAGAGGACGUCGUGGAACCGACCCGAUUCUCUCCCCUCUGGGUGGGAGCGACGAGUGGACCCAAUGGGCAGGGUGUACUUUGUGGACCACAUCAGCCGGACCACCACGUGGCAGCGCCCUACGCAGGAGUCGGUGCGUAACUUUGAGGAGUGGCAGCACCAGCGCAGCCAGCUGCAGGGGGCCAUGCAGCAGUUCAACCAAAGGUUCAUAUUUGGGCUCCAGGAUCAGCAAAUAGCCGCAGCAAACAAAGAGUUUGACCCGCUUGGGCCGCUGCCACACGGCUGGGAGAAGCGAACAGACACCAACGGCAGGGUAUAUUUUGUUCACCACACAUCGCGGAUGACCCAGUGGGAGGACCCACGGACGCAAGGGCUGCUUAAUGACAAGCCUCUACCUGAAGGCUGGGAGAUGAGGUUCACUGUGGACGGCAUCCCCUACUUUGUAGACCACAACAGGAGAGCCACCACCUACAUCGACCCUCGCACGGGCAAAUCCUCCCUUGAGAACGGGCCUCAGAUCACCUACGUCAGGGACUUCAAAGCCAAAGUGCAGUACUUCAGGUUCUGGUGUCAGCAACUGUCAAUGCCACAGCACAUCAAGAUCACCGUCACCCGCAAAACCCUCUUUGAGGAUUCAUUCCAGCAAAUAAUGAGCUUUCAUCCACAAGAUCUCAGACGGAGGCUGUGGAUAAUUUUCCCCGGAGAGGAAGGCUUGGACUACGGAGGAGUGGCAAGGGAGUGGUUCUUCCUGCUGUCUCAUGAGGUGCUCAACCCCAUGUACUGCCUGUUUGAGUACGCUGGGAAGGAUAACUACUGUCUCCAGAUCAACCCUGCCUCUUACAUCAACCCCGACCACCUCAAGUACUUCAAGUUCAUCGGACGCUUCAUCGCCAUGUCCUUGUUCCACGGGAAGUUCAUUGAUACGGGAUUCUCCCUGCCCUUCUACAAGCGCAUCCUGAACAAGCCCCUGGCCCUAAAGGACCUAGAAUCCAUUGACACGGAAUUCUACAACUCCCUCAUCUGGAUCAAGGAUAACAACCUGGAGGAGUGUGGUCUGGAGAUGUUCUUCUCUGUGGACAAGGAGAUCCUGGGGGAGGUUACUACUCACGAGCUGAAGCCGGACGGAGGCAACGUACUGGUCACUGAGGAGAACAAAGAGGAAUACAUCAGGCUGGUGGCAGAGUGGAGGUUGUCCAGAGGUGUGGAGGAGCAGACCCAGGCCUUCUUCGAGGGCUUCAACGAGGUCCUCCCCCAGCAGUACCUGCAGUACUUUGACGCUAAGGAACUGGAGGUGAUGCUGUGUGGCAUGCAGGAGAUAGACCUGGUGGACUGGCAGAGGCACACCAUCUACAGACACUAUGCUCGCAGCAGCAAGCAGAUCCUCUGGUUCUGGCAGUUUGUGAAGGAGAUGGACAACGAGAAACGCAUGAGGCUGCUCCAGUUUGUCACUGGCACCUGUCGGCUCCCCAUGGGUGGCUUCGCUGACCUCAUGGGGAGUAAUGGACCACAGAAGUUCUGCAUCGAGAAGGUGGGCAAAGAAAACUGGCUUCCAAGAAGUCACACUUGUUUUAAUCGACUGGACCUUCCCCCCUACAAGAGCUACGAGCAACUGAAGGAGAAGCUGAUGUUUGCCAUCGAGGAAACUGAGGGCUUCGGACAGGAGUAGUAACACACGGCAGCCAAAAUGGCCACCAUGAGGAGCCAUUCUCCACGCACUUUGAUCUGUCUAGUUUUCAGGCAGCUGCACUUUUUUUCCCCAGGUCCUGGCUCUCUUGAGAUGGGCAGACACUAACCGACGCAUCCCUUUCUGCCAGUCCGGAGCCACGUUACAGACCCCCAAAGCCAUUACACCUGAGGUGGAAUCACUGUCUCCAUGGUGACGACCCUUCAUACUGAAUGAUUCAACUUUCACCCCCUGACCUGUGUAACCCUGUUGACGCUUGCCUUAUUCUGCCUAAUCAGACCACGUGUCCGGGAAGAGAGAGAGGAAGUUCCCUCCCCAUGUCACGUCUGCCUGUCACCUCUUCACCACAGUAGUUAAUAAUCACUGCAAUGUCAGCUGUUUCAUUUCUUCCCCUUCGUCUCCCUGAGCACAGACUGUUGAAUGAAUGCUAGGAUUGUGUGCUGCCGACUCUUCCAAAAAGUCCCCUUGUCCAUUUGUGACAUUUAGAGUGUUUUACUUGAUUUAACAUGUUGCUUUCCGGAUGAAAUAUUGAAUCUUAAGGCAUUUACUUUGCUGGUACACCACGGUUGUGGUGGUAAGGUUUUUGUGAAUGUUAUGAUGAAAAGCUUUAUUUUUGGCGUGCAAUAGUUUUACAGUCAGAUGUUUAUGCCCUUUAUAUAGAUAGACCAGACAUUCAUUAAUUACCUCAAUCCAAAGUUUUUGUUUACGUAUUGAUUUCAACCCUGAAUAUUGAGAAUGCUUUUUAUUUUAUUUUUUUUUAGCCUGAAAUUGUUGUAGCAAAACAGGGUCGUAAUUCAUUUGUCACCUAAUGGAAGAACAUCUUUUUUUAAAUGUUUACUUUGAUGUUUGUGUGCCUUCUGAUCAUGACCCUGGUUUGUUGUGUGAUCUGACCCCUUCGUUUUCUAACCAACCGUCAUUAGGACCGUACUUGUCUACAAUAAUAGCAUUGUUUUAAUUUGUAAGGCAAACUGAAUGAGUUACUAAUGACGUGGGAGUGUCAGCAGUGUGUCAAAAGUUAAAGAUAAGGAAACAGAUUUAGGAAUUAGGUACAGUAAUUAAGAAAUAAGACAACUGCUUGUGAAAAUCACUCCCACUGAAAGGUAACCUUUUUUGUCGUAUAGAGAAUUAUCAUCAAGUCCAAGAUCAAAUGAUAAAGGACCAGUUUAAAUCAUAUCUGCGCUAGUUGACGCCUGCAUAGCAGUUGUUUUGGUGGUGUCUGAGGUGGAACCGUGUUGGAGCUGUCAAAUCCACAAGCGGAUGAAUGUGUUUUACCUGAAGCAGACAUUGCCAUUGGAUGCACUGAGUCAUAUUAACAGAAAUCCCAUGCAGCCGUGUUACAAUUCAGAACAUAUAAAUUAUGUUAUUAUUUUGUUAAUUGAUUUUCAAUUUCAGCAUCAUUAUUUCUAUAUAGCCUAGACUUUCUUGUUCUGAACUUCUAACGCAGGUGGAACGGGUGUGGCUUAGAAACAAUGUUAAAGAGCAGCUGCUCAAUGAUUUGACGUCAGAAUGGGCAAAAGGAGUUACCUCAGCGACUUUGAGAGUGAUAUGAUCCUCGGUGCCGGUUGGGCUUUUCACGCACAACAGUGUCUAGAGUUUACAUAGAAUUGUGCGAUACAGAACAUUAAGUCAGCGGCAGUCCUGUGGGCGAAACGGCUCGUUAAUAAGAGGCCGAAGGAGAAUGGCAAGAAUUGUGCAAGCUAACAGGCAAAUAACGGCAUCUCGGAACACGCAACUUGUCGGUCCUUGUCACAGAUGGGCUAUUGCAGCAGACAACUGCACCGGGUUCCACUCCUAUCAGCUAAAAACAAGAAGACGCGAUUACCAACACUGGGCAAUUGAGGAGUGGAAAAACAGUGGCUGGUCCGAUGAAUCCCGGUUCCUUUUCCGUCAUACGGAUGGCAUUCAGGAUUUGGAAUAAGCAGCAUGAGUCCAUGGCCCCAUCCUGCCUGGUGUCAACGGUACAGGCUGGUGGCGUAAUGGUGUGGGGAAUGUUUUUCAGGCACAAGUUAGGUCCCUUGAUACCAAUUGAGCAACGUUUGAACAUUUCAGACACCUUGUAGGAUCAAUUCCCCGGAUAAUUCAGGUUGUUCUGGAGGCAAAGAGGGGUCCAACCUGGUACUAGAUGGGUGUACCUAAUAAACUGUACACUGAGUGUUUAUAUGUAUGUCCCAGGCCCAUAGCCCUAAUAAAUAUAUAUAUAUAUAUAUAUAUAUAUAUAUAUAAAUAUAAUGUGGAUGAGAAGAAUUUAAGUUAACAUAUAGUAGUUAACAUGUAAUUAACGUAACAGCAAUGCGGCCCUAGUUUUAUAGGGUUCAGUUUUGUCAUUCUAGAUUUUUUUUUGUUAAAAGUUUGUGUUGCUAAAUAUUGCAUCACCUGUCCCAAAUGAUUAUUCUAUCAACGGCUGCAGUGAGCGUAGCAAAACGACUGAAUCAAGAGUCAAAUCUGAACCAUGUCUAUGCAACAACAACAAAAAAGGUUGUGAUCAUUAGGCACCAAGUGGACUGAAACCGGGGGACAACCUGCAAUUGUCCCAUAAGAAACGCUCAUUCUCAUUACACAUUGCAAAAUGUUCCAUAACUUUCUCCUUCGUGUGACCUGAUGAACAUCACCAUGUUGAUUGGCAUUGAAUGAGAUCUACCACUUCUGACCUUUUGUGAACUCUGCUUCUCAGGCAUUUCUUCAACAUGCCUCUCGGUAGCAUUUCUUCGCAAGAACAGUGGCAGUAUAAUCAAGUUUGAUUAAAUAUAUCUUUCUUUCAAGAAAUGUUUAGCUCACAUAUGUGUAUUUGCAGUCAAAUCAAGCAUCCAAGUGACAUACAUAAUAUCCUUAUCGUGCUUCACUGGUAUUUGAAUUCAUUUGACACCAACUUACAUGCAUAUGGAAAGUAUUCAGACCCCUUCCCUUUUUCCACAUUUUGUAACGUUACAGCCUUAUUCUAAAAUGUAUUAAAUAAAACAUAUUCCUCAUCAAUCUACACACAAUACCACAUAAUGACAAAGCAAAAACUUUAUUUUUUUUAGCAAAUGUAUACAAAUAAUUAUAAACUGAUACCUUAUUUACAUCAGUAUUCAGACACUUUACUAUGACUCGGAAUUGAGCUUGGCUGUAUCCUGUUUCCAUUGAUCAUCUUUGAGAUGUUUCUACAACUUGAGUCCACCUGUGGUAUAAUUCAAUUGAUUGGACAUGAUUUGGAAAGAGACACAUGUCUAUAUAACAUCCCACAGUUGACAGUGGAUAUCAGAGGAAAAACUAAGCCGUGAUGUCCAAGGAAUUGUCUGUAGAGCGCCGAGACAGGAUUGUGCCUUGACACAUAUUUGGGGAAGGGUACCAAAAAAUUUCUGCAGCAUUGAAGUUCCUCAAGAACAAAGUGGCCUCCAUCAUUCUUAAAUGGCGGAAGUUUGGAACCACCAAGACUCUUCCUAGAGCUGGCCGCCCAUCCAAACUGAGCAAUCGUGGGAGAAGGGUGACCAAGAACCUGAUGGUCACUGACAGAGCUCCAGAGUUCUUCUGUGGAGAUAGGAGAACCUUCCAGAAGGACAGCCAUCUCUGCAGCACUCCACCAAUCAGGCAUUUAUGGUAGAGUGGCCAGAUGGAAGCAACUCUUCAGUAAAAGGCACAUGACAGCCCGCUUGUAGUUUGCCAAAAGGCACCUAAAGGACUCUGACCAUGAGAAACAAGAUUCUCUGGUCUGAUGAAACUAAGAUUAAACUCUUUGGCCUGAAUGUGGAGGGAACCUGGCACCCCCCUAAGGGGACGCAUGGUGGUGGCAGCAUCAUGCUGUGGGGAUGUUUUUCAGCGGCAGGGACUGGGAGACUAGUCAGGAUUGGGGGAAAGAUGAACGCAGCAAAGUACAGAGAGAUCCUUGAUGGAAACCUACUCCAGAGUGCACAGGACCUCAGAAUGGGGUCCAAGACAACGCAGGAGUGGCUUGGGCACAAGUCUCUAAAUGGCCUAAACAGAGCCUGGGCUUGAACCCGAUCGAACAUCUCUGGAGAGACCUUAAAAUAGUUGUGCAGCGAAGCACUCCAUCCAACCUGACAGAGCUUGAGAGGAUCUGCAGAGAAGAAUGGGAGAAACUCCCCAAAUACAGGUGUGCCAAGCGUGCAGCGUCAUACCCAAUAAGAUUUGAGGCUGUAAUCUCUGCCAAAGGCGCUUCAACAAAGUACUGAGUAAAAGGUCUGAAUACUUAUGUAAAUUAUAUUUCAGGGGGUGGGGGGUACAUUUCUAAAAUGUCUAAAACCAGUUUUUGCUUUGUCAUUAUGGGGUAUGGUGUGUAGAUUGAUGAAGGGGGAGACAACAAUUUAAUCAAUUUUAGAUGAAGGCUGUAACUUAACAAAAUGUGGAAAAAGUCACGGGGUCUGAAUACUUUCCGAAUGCACUGUCUAUGACACAAAUAGUGUUAACCCCAGCCUAGUGGCUGUCUUAGCUGUGAGUGUCUGAGUUUAGUAGUUUGAAAAUGUUUUGAAUCAGGGAGAGACUCCUUGAACUUCCAUUAAGAAACACAUUUUUCCUUACAAAAAAAAACAUUUUCAAAACGUUGUGUGCCGUGGCUGUCGCCUCUGAUACCACUUUAUAACUGGGUGUAUAGUCAGGGCGAUUCUACAUCCCAUUGCUUCACUGCAUCCUCAAGACUUCUUCUUGACCACACACUCAUUCUGGCUCACCACCUCAUAGUGCACUGCCAUGAAGAGAUUGCUGUUAUUAACAAAUAACAAGUGAUAGCGCCUUACUCGGCUUAUUAACCACUUUAAAUAAUUGUUAUUUUUUGAAGUAUUGCCAUGUUCCCAGAUCAUAAAGGAAUAAAAUGUACAGGAAUGUGUUGGUGUUAACUAAUCAUGUUGAUAGUAUUUUUCAUUGUAAAACCUCUCUAACAUUUUAAUAAAUGUGAGUUAAUGGUU